CAUGGAAAAGUUAGCUGUGAAAUUUAGCCAACUUCAAAUUAAAGGUUAAAUGGGUUCCCCAAUAAAUGGCUAAAGGUUACUGAAAAGCUACUGUAAUCUUCAGUGAAUGUUCUCUAAAUACCGUCAAAUUGUUAUUUAAAUGUUAGCUGAAAACUUUAGCUAAUGUUCUCUAAAUACCGUCAAAUUGUUAUUUAAAUGUUAUCCCAAACCUUUAGCUAAUGUUCUCUAAAUACUGCACAAAGGUUUGCUAUUCUAAAUGCUACUUCUAACAUCUCGUUAGCAUUCUCUGAACACUAGCCAAAGCUUACCUAAACAUUAGUUGAAACCUUUAUCCAAUGUUCUCCAAUAGCUGCUCUGGCUAAAGGUUAGCUUUAACCUUUAUCCAUUGUUCCCUGAACACUGAUUAAGGGUAAUUAAACGUUGGCAGUAACCUUUACACAAUGUUCUCCAAACACUGAUAAGACAUUAUUUAAAAGUUAGCUGUUAAUCUUUGGUGUGCUUAACAGUUAACCGUAAUUAUAGAAAAUGCUACCAAUGGGAAAUUAGUGUAAGGCUGCGUUGAUAUUGAUCCAUGUGACUGUGUCCCUGCUCAUCAGAUACACUUAAUUUAACUAACACAACAUGCGACUUACAAAUUGCUGCCAAUUGCAAUAAAAAUGAAGCAAAAGCUUAAGGAAAAAAAUGCAAAAAUGUAUGAAAGAUAUGUUUUAAUUUUCAAACUUGAUUCAAAAUAGAGAUCAGAAAAUGCAAUUACAAAAAUGUCCCAAUUUGCAUAAAAUUGAUCCUUUCGGAAUGUGUUUACUGAUAAAGCUGAAUGGGAAAAUGUCUUUCUUUCUCAAUGGAAUAUGCAUGCCAGCUAUAUUGCACGCACACACACACACACACACACACACACACACACACACACACGCCCACACAUUAUCAGGAGUGUUCUCUCCCCUCUGCCCAGCUUGGGAUUUGCUGGUCAGUGACAUGCCUCCCUCCGCCUGGCUCUUUAUAGCCCCUGAGGAGGCAGGAAUACCGGACGAUUGAGAGACUGGCUCUCCGGGCGGACUGAGCCGGAGGUUGAUAACCCUCCGAGGCGGUGACUCGGUGACAAGGAGAACUGGGGGACGGAGCAGAAAACCGGCUGCAGAGCCUGAACCGCUGCUGUCUUACCUGUCCACAGCUCUGAUUGUCGGACCACUGAGUUGAGCCCUGUGGACUCUUCCUCCAGCUGAGGACAUGCGUCGUCUGUCUCUGGCCUCUGUCUUCGUGUUCCUCUGGCUGGCCGAGAGGAGCCACAGCACCGGCAGCUUUCAGGACAGCAUGCGGGAGCUCCACAACCGCUUCGCCGUCAGCCUCUACCAGACGCUCACCGAGACGGAGAACCGCUCCAACCUGAUCGCGUCCCCAGCGAGCGUGUCCCUGUCCCUGUCCCUGCUGCAGCUCGGCGCCAGGGGCAACACCCGGGCUCAGCUGGAGGGAACGCUGGGAUACAACGUGAACGAUGCUCAGGUGCGAGACUUCCUGUUGCACGCCCAGGGCGACGUGAGCAACAGCAGCCAAGCGGCGUGGCUGCAGCAGACCUGCACGCUGUUCGUCCAGAGCGGAGUCCGACUCCUGGCCGAGUUCACGCAGCAGGCCGCCGCCUGGGUCGACACCAGCGUGGUGCGAGCCAACUUCAACCAACCGGGUCACGCCCGCAGCCAUUCAGAGCCAACGGGACACGGCCACGACGGGUCGGGGUCUCUCCAGUCAGGAAGCAGCAGCGGGGAGCUGUCCGGCUCCGGCGAAGCCCAGGCAGAAGCCCUUUGGUGGGGACAACGGCCGCAGGUGGCGCUGGUCAACACGGUGGUAUUCAGGGGCGUCUGGCAGAAGCAGUUCAUGUUCGGCAGCACCCAGAACCUGCCCUUCAUCCUGUCUGACGGGAGCGCCAUCAAGGUGCCCAUGAUGUACCAGGCUGGAGAGGUCAGCUUUGGUCAGUUCAGGACAGCAUCGGACCAGCGCUACACCGUGCUGGAGCUGCCGUACCUGGGCCGCGCCCUGAGCCUGCUGGUGGUCCUGCCCAGCGAGAGGAAGAGCCCGCUGUCUUCCCUGGAGUCCCAGCUCACCGCCCGCCAGCUGGCCUCCUGGGAGUCCGGCCUGCGGAGGACCAAGAUGGACAUCUUCCUGCCCAGAUUCAGAAUGCAGAACAAGUUCAGCCUGAGGUCAGUGCUUCCUGCUCUGGGCGUCAGUGACGCCUUUAACCCGACGGCAGCCGACUUCACAGGGAUAUCAGUGGAAGAGGGUCUUUAUGUGUCUGACGCUGUCCAUGAAGUCAGAAUAGAAGUUACAGAGGAUGGGACGAAGGCAGCUGCCGCAACAGCUAUGGUGCUACUCAAACGGUCACGCGCUCCUGUUUUCAAGGCGGACCGGCCAUUUUUAUUUCUGCUUCGCCAGGUUAACACAGGUUCCAUCCUGUUUAUGGGAAGAAUAAUGAACCCAGCAGACCAAGUAAUAUAACCCUCCUCUACGCCUCCACCCCCAAAUCGCACCAAUCUAUGCCAACCAGUUUCACCCUCGGUAUUUAUUUAUGGACCAAACGGAAGAUACAAGGACACUUCAGGAAGAGGGAUGUUAUUUUUGUAAAUACCUGUAAAUAAAUUUUUAAUAUGUUUUUACACGGUGGGUGUAUUUAUUAUUUACACUAAUGAACAAAAGGAAUCUCAAGGAGUCACACAUUUAUGGAACACUUUAUUUACAUGGCCCUUCACAGUGUAAAAUAGAAACUUUAUUUAUGGAAAUACUUACAAAAAGGCCAUUUUUUCACUGAACAUUUCUUCUUUUCUUUUAAAUAGUACUCUAGGGUUAUUUACAUCUUUACAGCGUAUUCAAAAUACUCUUUUGGUAGCGGCCUCUUCACACAUAAAAGACAAGUAUGGCAGAUUUUGGUCCCUGUCCGGGGAGGGUUUGCGGAAGAAGAGGGGAGCCACUGGAUUCGGAAAUCAACUUUUGACCUCUGGACCCAAAACGAGGGUCUAUUUGUGUACAUCUGAGAACGCCGAAUAUGGAGUCCCAUUCUUUCUCAGAAAUUGCAACAACAACAAAAAUGUUUUCCUCUUUUAAAUUACAUUAAAUAAUAAUUCUCAAAUUUACACAAGUGCAAUUGCGAUGAAGCGACAAGAAGUUGGUUUGAGAUCCGUGGCAGAGAAGGGGAGACGGGGGUGGUUGAUGGGGGUUUGUUCAGUAAUUUGGCAGCAACCAAGACCCCAUUUCAUCAUUGCUUCCAGCAGACGACAGCUCACGUUGCAUAUCAGCCCUUUCGGGCCUUAAAUAAAUAGGUGGGGGAGGAGACUCGAUGUUAUUGCUGACGCUGAUGCAUUAAUGACGCUUCCUGAGCUUUUUGUCCCUGUUUUCAUGACCUUCCUUUGCAUUUAGUUUGCUGUAACUCUGCUUCGCAGAACAAACCUUUCUAGGUUUAAAGGAUCCUUAAAAACCGCCAACUUUGUCCGACGCCUAAAUCAUUACGUCGAUAAAAUUAAUCGACUACGGCGACCUUGAAAUCAAAUUCUGUCUGUUCGAGAGCCGAGUAGCGGAGUGCUCUGGUCGGUGGAGUGCAGAAAUUCGAUUGGAACAAAUCGGUUUUCCUCUCAUCAACCCCUCGCAAUCAGAAACGUAAGAGAGUAAUACUUACUAUGCUGUGUUGGGGGUAGGGGGGGAGUAUGGAAAAGAAAUGAAUGUGGAAGGGAAAUAAAAACAUCUUCACUGGAUCCCUUUCGACCCUGAGAUAUCUGAAAACACGCAAUGCUCAGACUGAACUCCGUCCGCCACAUCUUCACAGGAAAAAAAGAGAAAAGACUGAACAUCACACUCAUCGUCGUCAGAUCCUUCCUGGGA